AUGCACCUUUUUUCCCGACAUGCCUUGUAGCAAUAUGGCUGCCGCCGAGUUUUCACAACAUUGACGAUUGUGCUAAUGGGGAGCCUGUUCUUGAACUUGUGACAACAUUGAAUGUUUUAGUUGUUUUUUUUCAAGCGGACUGUGGAAAAAUGCCGAGAUAUUACGAGGAUAAAGAGGUCGACCACAGAGCAUGCUCAGGCCUGAGAGAAGACUUUAAAGAAUGUCUCCUUACACACGACUGUGUCGUGAAGGAGGGUAAACUACCAAGUGAGUGUCUGAAGGAAGGCCACUGCAAAGCCCUGCAGGCUUCAUUCUUUGAGUGCAAGAGGUCUAUGAUGGACCCAAGGUCGAGAUUCAGAGGAAGGAAAGGAGAUUGAGGAACCAAUUUGUGUCAAUAUUUGGUUGGGAAAAUACUGGUUGAACUUCUGUUCAUGUUCAACUUUAAGUCAAACAUAAGUUUAUGAAGAAUGUCCAAAACAAAUAACUAAACACAAAAGAAAAAACCUGACACACACUGUCAAUGUAAAGGAGUUUCACCUCAUUGUAUAUUUUUGUGUUUUGAUUUCCUGUGCUGUGACUGGGGAGUAAUGUGUUUGUGUAAACAGAACUUUCACAUCAAAACAAUUCUAUUAUUGUAUCAUUACUAAGAGUUUAAUAAUCAAUUACAAAAAUCUA